AUGGCUGGCCCAGAGGCUGUGGGUGUAGAGUUGCUCAGGCCUGCCCGGGAGAAGGAGGCUGCUGUCACAUGGGCUGAGAAGGCUGCUGGAGAGCAGCUGUCCCUGGACAUUCCUGUGCCCCCCAAGCCUGCACUUUGGGCGCUCCUGCUGGCGCUGCUGGGGACGGCGCCAAGCCGCGCCCAGUCUCCCGCCUGCAGCGUCCCCGACGUGCUCCGACACUAUCGCGCCAUCAUCUUCGAGGAUCUGCAGGCUGCCAAGAGGGGCUCCGGACGGCGGCGACGGCCUGGGGCCUCCUGCGGCGCCCAGAAGGUACGGAGGAGGCGCCCCUACCCACGCUCGCCGGCCGGCUCCUCUCAGUCUCCCCCCACCCCGCCUUCCUCCCUUCCCUCCCCAGGAGCACAGUAUCCUCCUGUCCAUCUGGUCCCUGGGUCGGACUCUGCGCAGGGUGGUGGCCGGGGGCCGCCGGGGGGCCCUGGAGAGAGCGGCUUGGACGGUGGCUGUGCGCACCGAGGCGGCGAUGCGGCGCCACUGCAGGACGCUGCGCCAGCGGAGCCGGCGGCCGGAGAUGCGCCAUGCCCGGCGUCGCGGCGGCCAGAGGCAGCUCCUGCUGCGCGCCCUGGACGCCGUCGCCACCUGCUGGGAGAAGCUCUUCGCGCUGCGCGCCGCGGCCUCCGGGGUCUCCUAGCGCGGCCUGCCCCGGCCCGGGCUCCAGCGAGCGCCCCGCGGGAGAAGCAGCGGGGCCGCGGCAGAUCCUGGAGACGCGCCUCCUUUUGUCGACCUGUUGGCGACUUUGGCCCUUCGCUCGUCGCAGCCCGCGUGCCCCGGAGGGUCCGGGGCUUGGGGAAAGCAUGCCCGGCUGCCGCCGCUGGGUCUCGGAGGAGGCGCGCCCUCCCCGCGCCGAAGGCCUCAAUAAACGGAGCUGGCGCCGCGGUUCCAGCACUCCCUUCUCAUGCCUCUCUGUGGCCCUGGGACCGCCCGGGUCUGCCCCUCGAACGCGGGACCAGGACCGGCACUUCCCGUCGCACCUGGAUGGUGCGACGCUCCCAGCCUCUGGCAGCAGAGGGCGGGCGCGGGACGCUGGGCGUGCUCCUGCUCGGUGCGCUGCUCGGGGCUGGGUGGAGGGCAGAUCGGGGGACUCCUGGGACCCCUAAAACGUCACGUAUCCGUCCUGCUCCGCUUUGGACCGGGGCAGGGGGUGGAAAUUGAGGGGAGGGGAAAGCUGGACUUGGUGAAUUCGGAGCAAAACAACCGGAUAAAGGAAACGGGCCCGAAGGGAAGCGGGAGCUGCGGACGCUGGCUGUGAGCUUGGCUAGGCUAUUUCCUGCUGCUGCAGGAGGGGUGGCCACGGCCUGGGCUCAGAGACUGCCCAGCCCCCUCUGCAGGACUGGCCAGGCUGGCCUGGAAUCUGCUUUCUGGUCCCUGGAACCCUGCAUUUGCUGGGGAACUGACCCCUGGUUCCCCCAUCUGAUGCACAGGUCUGAAAGAAGCAACCUCCUAAGCUGACCCUGACCCAGCCCCACACUCUGUGUUAAUGCAUUUAGCCUGUGGAACAGAGCUACUGUUUGUUUUACAGAUGGGGAGACUGAAGCGCCGGGAGGUUGUGAGACCCACCUUAGAUCACACAGCCGGCAGUGUUAGAGCUAGUCUUAGACCCAGGCCCAGGGUCCUCUGCCUGGAGGCUGGGGGGGCUAAGCUUCCUGGACUUCAGAGCCUCGGACUCUGAAGCACUUCUGACAGAGUCCCUGGCCAAGCACCCAGCAAGUGUUGCCAGGCCUAGUUCUGCUGUGCCUGCACCGUGGGGGCCAGCAUGGGCAAGUGUAGGAGGGAUGACGGGGAGAGGCAGGGUGCAGGAGCCCUGGCUGGAGCCAGAGCACUUUACGGAGGUGCUUGGACGUAUCCCGAGGCAGCAGAAGGUCUUUGGUGAAGGAGAAUGUUAGAAUGGGGAUCUAGGAAGAUCCCCGUGGCUUGUAUGGAGGGCUGGUGAGGAUGAAGGGGUGAGAACAGGUCCAGGCUGCCAAGGUUCCUGGCUGGAGUACCUGGGUGGGUCUCUGGGGACCACUGCAGAGGGAGUGGGUCUGUUUGAGGUCCCUGAGGGAGCUGGGGCACCACGGACAUGGCUGGGCUCAGCUGGGCAUGCUGGGGUGUGGAACAUAAGGUAUAGACAGCAGAGCAUGUCUGGGAGGCAGCUGAGUUGGGGCCUGGAGAGAGAGUCCAGGAGUCUGGGCUGGGCUCAGGGACAGAAUGGGGACCGGCCCUCCAUGAAGGCUCCCACUCUCUUGUUUCUCCAAGGGCAGCUGGCUUCUUGCACUUGGACCUACUCCAGCCCCUGGGCCAUGGGGAGAGCACUCCUCUCCUGUCCUAGGACCCAUGUGUGGCCUCCUGGGCCAUUCCACGGCUCCUGCCCACCCACAGUGUUCCCUUCCUGCUGUUCAGAGCAAUCGGAGGCUGGGGAUGUGGGUGGGCAACAGAAACAGCUCCCUCAACCCCAACUGAGAAAGGUUCAAACAAGCCACAGCCUCCUGGGGGCAGGAGGAGGAACAGAUGCCUCAGGCUUCUGGGGACACAUGUCCAUGACUAGUCCUGGACCUCGACCACAAGGAUGUGUGAGAAGCCCCUGCAUCCUGGCUCCUGGCCCCUUCCCCUCAUGCAGGAUGGGACCAGGUGGGCUUUGGGCUUCUGGGACAGAGUUCACUGGUCCAGGGUGGGGACAUCCCAACUAGACUAGGUCUGGGGGCUUGUGGAGCUGCACAAAGUGGCUCAGAGCUACCAAGAGCCAUGAAGACUAGGAGAGACACUGCAGGUGCCUACUAAGAUCUGAGAGGCUCAGGUCCUCUUUGGGCUCAGCACUGGGACCCUGUGGAUACUUCCCAUGGCUCCUGUGUAGCUCCAUGAGGACAGGAGCACAUCUCCUUCACCUUGGCAUGCCAGCACCUGGCCCAGGUACCAUAUGAGCUGCUUAAGAGAUGUUUGUUGACUGGAACUGACCAGAACCAACCCACAGAUGGAAAGAGAUGCAGUGGCCCCACAGCCGAUAGGGGCAGAGCCGUUGGCCACCGGGUCACUGAGGGCAGAUCCCACAGACUGGCCCUGUAUAGCCAUAGACCCACUGGUGAUACCUUCUCUGCAGAGGCCCCAGGCAGGUGGCCUGGGCCUGGUUCUUUGUAAAAUACUGUUGCUGAGUUGAGGCUGCACACAGUACCGUCCUGACCCACCCUCCUGCCUCCUCCUGGCUCCUCCAGGGAGGUGGGGGCUGUGCCAGGGUGACAGAUGGGCCUGCAGGGCAUGGCUUUGGUUGUGCAACUUCCCACAGCCCAGGAGCCAGGCCCCUCCAUGUGCAGCGCUGGGAGGAGGGGGCCCAGCAGGCUUUGAAGGGGGCCCAGCUCCCCAGGCCUCCCCAGACUGGGAGCCUUUGAAAGAACAUCUGGAACUCGGGCAGCUGGCUAACUAGUCUCCGGAUUUGCAAAACCAAGUUAAUCCUGACUUUGCUUCUUGUGUGUUCCCCAGCUCUGCCCCCAAGCUCUUCUCUCUCCUCACCCCACCUCCACCUCUGCAGGGGUGGGGGCUGCAGCCUCUCAUGGUCUCCCGAAGCACCUUCCCCUUCCAACACUGCGGCCUAGGAGUUUUGCUGAACUGGGCUGAGUUGAGCAGAGGGGUGGGAAGGAUGGCUGUUGCCUGUGUCCCUGCCAUGCUGGGGCCCUGGGAGAGGACCAGACAGACCACCCCAGCAUGGCUGGAGAUGGCUGGGCAGCAUGUGAGUGGUCCCGGGCGGAAGCAGCUGCACAGACCUGGGAGGUGCCUGGCCUUUACGGGCCCUGAGUCCUGCAGGUGUGCAGGGAGCCCCCCCACCCCCGCCCCAGCUGUGGCUGACUCGGAAACAAGUCCCCCCAACUCCAGGAAACACAUACUCACUGGUGGGGGUGCCAGGUGCUGGGCCCAUUGUCUCUGCCAGUGCCUUCAGGACCUUAGGGGAGGCCCAGCGACACUCCCCAUCCUGCCCCCUCCCCAGGAAAAGACCCAGCUUCGUAAACACAGAAACCACCAUCGCUCCCUCCCCCCCCACCUCCCCGUUAAAUAAAAUCCGGGAAGAACCAGCAGGAGGUCGCAUCUGCUGGGGGAUGUGAGUCCUUGUUUUGGGGGAAAUGAGGAGGUCAGGCCAGUGGGGGCGGGGCAGGGCAGAGCCGCGGCUGGGGAGGUGGGUGCCCUGGGGCUGUAACACGGUUCCCGGGUCCGCCUCGCCCGGUCGGGAGGUCCUGUCAUCGGCCUCGCAGCCUCCCCGCCCGGCCCGAUUGUGACAGCUGCCGUCAGGGCUCCCCGCCAGGUGAGCAGGCCCCGUCCUUGGGCCGCCCCUGGCGCCCCCUGCCCGGCGUGAGGCCAGGGGUCCGGACUGCGGCCCGAGAUAAGCGCCGCGCCCGCCGCCGCUUCCUGCACUUCCAGCGCCUCCGCCGCGCGCGGCUUCCUGUUUUCUCGAGCUGGCGGGCGGGGUCGUGGGGCACGG